GCUUGGCUGAUGACGUGUACACUCCACUACCGUUAGCUAGGCUGCUAGCUUAGCCACCUGUCAGAAUAAAGGUGUUAUAAAUAAAUUAACGACCUAAAGUAAAAGGGAAGCAAAGCGUUUCAUUAACUCAGGGGGAAAAUGGAGACGCUUUACCACCAGACGAACAAGCAAAUCCAGGAGGUUCAGUCUCUGAUGGGAAACCUGGAGAAGACAGACCGUCAGUCGGUACAUUUGUUAGAGAAUGACCUGCAGGCUAGAAUCGACCAGAUCUUCAACCAUUUAGAACGCCUUGAAAUUCUGGCCAGCAAGGAGCCACCAAACCGCCGUCAGAACGCCAAAUUGCGAGUGGACCAGCUUAAAUAUGAUGUUCAGCACCUCCGCACCGCUCUACAGAAUUUCCAGCACCGACGCUACGCCAGAGAAGCCCAGGACAGAGAGAGGGAGGAGCUCAUGAGCCGCACCUUCACCACCAACGAUGCAGAUACCUCCAUCCCCAUAGAUGAGACCCUUCAGUUUAACUCCAAUUUGCACAACGCACACAGAGGCAUGGAUGACCUCCUGGGCAGUGGCAGCAGCAUACUCAACGGUCUCAGAGAUCAAAGAUCCACAUUGAAGGGGACCCAUAAGAAGAUGCUGGAUGUGGCCAACAUGUUGGGGCUGUCAAACACAGUGAUGAGACUUAUAGAGAGGCGAGCCACGCAGGACAAGUUCAUCAUGAUUGGAGGCAUGCUGCUGACCUGCGUCUUCAUGUUCCUGGUGAUCAGAUACCUGGGCUGACCUCCAUCCAUUGAUGAGUCGUGGACAUUUCCGCAGCACAUCAUCCCUCGUGAUAUGAAAAGUGGCAGAGCUUGAAUUUUUAACAUCAGAUAAAGUAAUUUUUAAUAAAUUGUGCCAUUACAGUUUGUUUCCCAUCAUUUUAAAAUUUUUGGGAACCUGCAAAAUGGUAAGUUGGAAGAAGACCCUAAUUACAGACAGUAUUUUCAUUCCACUUGAAGCUCCAAGAGAGCAUGGAAUUUUCUGCUGCUGUCCUCAGAUUACUGCCACACAUCCAUAAUCUAUUUUUUUUUCUUUUUUAAAAUCAAAACCACUCUGAAACUGUAAAUCACUCUUGUGACUGUACCCACAUGGCUUCUUAAAAAAUACUUCAACCAGAUAUUUAUCCUCAACUUGCUUUUGCCUCUAGUGAAAAGCUAUUUGUUUUGUUUUGUUCCUUUAACUGUCACUAAUACUGUCAGUGUCAUUCUGCCUUGUUCAGCAUGGUUCAACAGAGAAUUAGAAAUAUUCAUAAUGCUCCAUAUUUCUUUACAUUGCAACUCAAGAAUACUCCCUGAAGAUUCUCCUCCUUCGUGUGUUAUGUUUAAUCAGUUGCUCACUCACUAAUGCAGUUUAAUACAACAUUUUUGUUGAAAUUGCUAUUGAGGCAUUACUUAAACUUCAUCAUUAUUUUGGAUGUAGUUUGUGGUGCUGUUUAACUGUAUUGCAUUACACGGAGAGCUGUUUGUUAUUUGGCCUCCCCUCAGUGAUGUAAAAUAAUAAAGACACCUCUGCAUAUAUAACACAAUUGAGCAGCACCGCAAACUGUAACCUCCAAAAUGACCAGCUGAAUCAGCACCUCUCUAAAACAGUAUCGACGAUUUACUGCAGGACUGUUGUAUCAGACUGCAUUAGGUUCAGCUAGCUGUACCUAAUAAACUGGUGUAUAAUUUUGGCAACAAAUAUGCUCAGUUGCCAGAGAUAAACAAGAUGACAAAGAUCUUUUGGGAGGUAGCAGUCAUUUUGUAAUUGUUACACACCUUCUCUUGGAUUUAUGCUUGAGUCCAGUCUCACUAUGUGAGUGAUUUAAUUUUCUUAAUAGAAUAAAACAUGUUUCAUUUC